CGGAUUGGUCAUCGUUUGUGUCCAGGGAAAGCAACCGGGGCCCGCGUUGUUGGGUUGUGUACUUGUCCUCUCUGAAGUGAUUCGUCGUGCGCUUACCGCCUUCCACGUGGCCGAAAGAAAUAAACUUCUAGCUAGUUUACCAAGCAUUCCAUAAUUUAGCUAGGAUUCUCGGAGAAAUGUCUAAAAUAGAGUUGUUGGGAUUGAUUUUCAACCAGGGAUUUAGAGCGGCUCCUGAGUUGUUUAGAGCCGUUGAAAAAACUAUAACAAAGUACCAGGGAAAACAUUCCCUAUCGAAAGAGGAGAACGCCCGUCUACAGAAGCUGCUUGAUAUCCUCCUGAAACCGGAGAUAAAGUUACAUAGAACAGACCUCCAACAGCUCAACGUCUCUGAAGUGGAGGUUCCCCCUGAGCAGCAGCACUGUGAGCAGGAGUGGAGCCCCAGUCUGGGGCAGGAGGACUUGGAGCCCACACAGAUUAAAGAGGAACUCUGGACCAGCCAGGGGAAAGAGAAACAGGAGGAAUGUCAAGAGCUGGAGUAUAAUACUAAAGACUCUGUGUUCACUCCCCCCUGUGUGAAAAGUGACUAUGAUCAGUACCCAACUCGGUCCUCACAUCUUAACAAAACCCAAAGUAAGGAAUGCAAAAAUGGAGACUCGUCCGCUGAACAGAUGAAAACAGAAUCUCAAGAAGAGAACUCUUCAGAACCAGCCAGUGACUCUCAGGCCCUCUCUGUAGUAAAUCCAGGCUGUUCUGCAGCUCAGGGUGAUGACAAUGAAAGUGUUCAUAGGAAGGAGAGUGCAAAAUCACUGUCUGCUUUAAAGACGCAGAUAUCAAAGAGGAGGCGGACAGAAAAAGGACAAAGCCCUGCUGGUCCUUGUUGCAAGGUGUGUGGAAGGCCUUGUCAGUCCUUUGGAGCUUUAUUGAUACAUUUGAAAAGUCACAGAAAAGAUCAUGAACAAAUUUGUGGAGUUUGUGGAAAAAGCUGUCAAUCCCUAAAAUGUGUGAUGGAUCACAUUUUACAAACUCACAGAACUAGGUUUUGUGAUGUUUGUGGUAAAAGUUUUGAUGCUACUAAGGAUCUGGAAAAGCAUAUGAGGACCCACACAGGGGAGAAACCAUAUCCCUGUAAUGACUGUGCUAAAUAUUUUGUCAGUAUUGCAAAUCUGAAUUUGCAUAUGAAGACGGUCCACACAGGGGAGAAAUCACACUGCUGCCAUGAAUGUGGCAAAUGUUAUGCUCAGAGUGGAAAUCUGAAUGCGCAUAUGAGGAUCCACACUGGAGAGAAACCAUAUCACUGUAAUGAUUGUGGCAAAACAUUCCGCCUUGGCACUUCCCUUAAAAUGCAUAUAAGGACUCAUACAAGGGAGAAACCAUAUCGCUGCCAGGAUUGUGGCAGUUCAUUUGCUAGGAUGGAGCACCUGAAAAAUCAUAGCAGGAUUCACACAGGGGAGAAACCAUAUAGCUGUCCUGAAUGUGGCAAAUGCUUCCUUCAGAAUGGUAAUCUAAAAUUGCACAUGAGAAUUCACACAGGGGAGAAAUCACAUCAGUGUCAAGUUUGUAACAAAUGUUUCACUUAUAGCCAUACUCUAACAGUGCAUAUGAGAGUUCACACCAAUGACAAACCGUUUCACUGCCAGGAGUGUGACUUAUGUUUCAGUCAGAGUUCCAACUUGAAUCGGCACAUGAAGAGACACAGAGGGGAGAAACCACACCACUGUCACGUUUGUGGCAAAUCUUUCUCCACAGGUUUUCAGUUGAAUGUGCAUUUGAGAAUUCACACAGGGGAAAAACCGCAUGCGUGUCCUACAUGUCCAAAAUGCUUCAGCGACAGAGGGGCAUUAAAUAGUCAUCAGAAAAUACACACUGAGAAGAAGCCAUAUUGCUACGAUUGUCUUAAAUGCUUCAGAUCAAAGCAACGCCUGAGAGAACACAAAGAGAGAAUGCACAAAAACAUGGCUGUGCCCUGUGUAGGGGAAAGUGAUUCAACAGAAGAUUGAGAGGGACAUUCAGUUUUCUUGGGUGGAUAAGAUAUGACUGAAUUAACGCUUGAACUAUGAGAACGUUGCCAGGCUAACUGGGCUGCUACACCGGACACGUAACAUUUGCACAGCGUGAUACAUGCCUAUUCAUUUAAAUGAAAUCAGGCGUAAGCACGCUGGCUAUGCAAGAGGAGUCCUUGCUUAUUUGACACAAAGGACAUUUAAACUGUAUCUGUAUUUAACUUAGUGUGUUAUUGAUGAGCUUUGUUUAGUAAGCAUAAAGUUAUGUCCGGCUUCAAUCCGUUCUCGCGUUGUUCCCGAUUUCAGAUUGAAUUGACGUAUGCAGCGUUCAGCCUACCGUGAAUGCAAUAUCCCCGAACAUUGCCUUUCAAAGGUGCGUUGUCGGAUUGAAUCCUGGCCAUAAACAUCUGCAGUGUUCAUAUGAAUCUUACAGCACUAAAGGGUGGUGAUACACUUUUUAAAAUUGCAGGCAAACAUUUGAGGACUGAAAUCAACAUCCUCUGCAUAACAAUGGCUAACUGAACCUUCCCAAAGCAACUGUUUUGAUUAUGCAGAGGAUGUUGAUUCUGCUCUUCACAAGUCCUCAGUCAGCCCUAGCUAUGGAAACAAUUUCCCUAGUAUAACACAAGGGUGUAUACUUUGGUAUAACAGUCAAAGCAGCAUAAUGGCAUUCCACUAAACUAAAGAGGCCACAGGCAUGCUAGUAGAUACUCAUAGACUUCCAGUCAUUGCGCUAAAACUAGUUGGUUGCGAAACUACCUCCAACUUCCUUCAUGCUGAACACAGACAUAACAAUGGUAUUGCCAAAAUCCCAAAGUAUCCCUUUAAGCACAGUGCCUUGAUCUGUGUCUGGGGAAUUUUAGUCUAAAGUGGCUUGUCUCCUUUUCGGGCAAACCAUUCUGCAGGCUUCCAAAUGAGUGAAGGUGGAGAGGAAGUCUCUAAUCGCAUCUUCUUACUGAAUAAGCCAAAUAUGUUCUAUUAUAUUGACAAGAUAGUCGAGUGACCGCUCUAAUGGAAAUGCAUGUCCUCAAAGAUGGGGAGUUAGCGAGGUAACUUUGGUCAACUCUGAGUACAACUCGGGAUAACCGGUCAUAAGAAAGUAGCUCACCUUUUAGCCAGCAAAAUUUAUAUGGCAACAAAUCCUUCAGAACUAACCUGCUCUGGAGCAGGCUAACUCAUGACUAUUUCCAAUUACCCUUGAAUGAAAUGACUGUGCCACGAGUUGUGGUUCAAUGCAAUCAGAUUCCUUCCCUCUUGCAAAGAUCGCGUCACCAUGCCCUUCAUUUGACGAAGAGUACUGAUUUAAAUAUUACAUUAUACUUUUAUUAACAGAAUGCAUUUUAAACUUCACGCACAGUAGCGCUUUUGUAUUACUUAAUACUUAUUCUAUGGAUAGGAGUGGGGGAAAAAAGUUGUGGUUGUGCAUUGAUAAACAUUGCUUCUAAAAACCUAUUUUGCAAAAUAAAUAGAAAAUGUGGAACUAACUAGCCCAUGGAUUGAUGUUUCAUGAAGAGUUUGCCUUUCGACUAGUGGUUGACCGAUUAAUCGGCGCCGAUUUCAAGCUCUCGUAGUUAUGGCCGAUUACUUUGCAAUCCAUGAAGAAACUGCGUGGCAGGCUGACCGCGAGUGCAGUGUCAAAAGGACCUUGUGGCUGCAAUGAGCCACGGUAAG